AAGUCACCAAGGAAGACCUGGUCAAAUGGAUGGCAUAAUUCCCAUUUCCACGAACCCCUCCCUCUCUCUGUGUAGAGCAUUAGAGCUGAAGAAGAGCCUGUCAUGCAAUUCUUAUAAUGCAAGAGAGACCCUUAUUCUUUUUUCUUUUUUUUGAUGGAUGUAGAUUUUUGCGCCUAUCCUCAUUUCCUCUUUCUCCUCUGCUUCUCUCCCAAACUUUUCAUCUGAUCAGAACCCAUUUCCUAGUUCGUUUUGAUUUCCAAGUUCAAGCUUCUGAUCGCUGGAUUCAAACGGCGUUGUUUAAUCACCUCCCAUAGUGUCACUCUCUUCAGUUCACUCAUCCCACAAAAGAUCAUCAUCUUGUAUAAUUAAUGACUGGCUUCACAGAAUCCAAAUUCUAACCAGCCAAUUCAAACCCCUUAAAAGCUUGAAACCUGCAUUUCAAUCUUCCCUGUUGUCGUUGUUCUGUUAGUUAUUCAAAUUCUCAACUUGUGGGUUUUAAUCAUAUUCUUUGUUUGUUCCCUCAAAUUCUUGCGAUGAGUUUCUUGAGGCCCUCUGCAUUGUACGAGUUACUUAUCACCUACUCUUCGCUCCGUUGGAUGCCUUGCCAGAGCUGGGGGUUUCUCCGAUGGCCGGGGCUAGAGGGGUUCAUGAGGCUUUUGGUGGUGGUGCUUUUAUGGUCUAUGCUUUCGGAGAUACGGCACAUACCCUCGUCUUCCAUGUACCCAACUCUUCGUGUUGGUGACAGGAUCAUUGUCGAAAAGGCCUCAUUUUAUAUUAGAAGUCCUGCUAUACAUGAUAUUGUGACAUUCCGAGAUCCAACAAAGCAACCUGGAGACAAGGAGCAAGGAGAUUUCAUAAAGAGAAUUGUUGCAAAAGCAGGAGAUUUUGUUCAGGUCAAUCAUGGACGGCUCUUCGUCAAUGGAAUUGCUCAAAAGGAAGAUUUUAUAGCAGAGCGCCCAACAUACAAAUCAAAUUUAACUAUUGUGCCUCAAGGUCAUGUUUAUGUAUUGGGUGACAACCGGAACAACAGUUAUGAUUCCCAUUUUUGGGGACCCCUUCCCAUAAAGAACAUUGUUGGAAGAUUUGUUAUGUGCUGUUACAGACCUUCAAACUGUUGACACGACAAGGAUGGAAGAUGAGUUUUGGCCGGAUUAGACGGGUACAUUAUCAGAAGCUGUGGUUUACAUGGUUGGAGUUUCACUAGCUAAUUUAUGCCUAUGAGAUGCUAGUUUCUUUAGCCCUUCAUUUGUAAUCAUAUCAAUUUAGGCGUCCACUGAAACAUAUACAUGAUUUUAAGCUGCUGGUAAAGGAAGGGUCAAAAACUGAACAUGUGAAUUUGCUUUCCCCUUCAUUAGUGUUAUUUCUCUUUAGGCUAUGCCUUAGAUAUAUAUGUACAGAAGGGGUUUCUACCAUCUUUGACCUCAUCAACCAGGUACAUGAUAAAUAAGAUUGCUGCUAUUUA